CCAGACAAGUUAAAGCGGUACCAAACCGGGUUACUUCUCCAGUGCGUUUUGGACCUUAGUGACCGAGUGAGCAGUUCAUUUACCGGCGUCCGAGGCUCCGUCCCGCGCUUCCCACCUCGGUCGCCGCGUAGAGCGGAAGUGACGACAGCGGAGUUCGCGGGGGGUGGGGAGAGGGGCGUGGCUAUCGCCUCGGCAACAGCCGGCAGAGCGGAAGUCCCGUCCCGGCGCCAUCCUCCCGAACGAGGCACUUCCGGUUUCGCAGAGCCGAGCGAAGAAGAAGAGGAGGAGGCAGCGGUGGUGGCGGUGUUUCUCCUGGCGGAGCAGUGUAUGUUGCUUACAAUGGAAGAAUCGCAAAUCUGUGAGUUUGGAAGCAGCGGCCAAGAAGAGCUGAGGAACAGCAAGUGCACUGCCCUGAACACCAUGCUGCAGCAUUCGGAAACAAACUACGACAGCGCAGGGAAUGCGAGCGCUUUGGACGAGGUGGACGACUACAUGGUCAGAAACAGGAAGCUGUUGAGAACUGCGUACUGUGCUCAGGAGCUGCGAGAGGAGACUCCGGGUCGAGAAGAAGCCCGUACCGACCCCCCUGACGGCCAGCAAGACCCAGAGAGCGAGAAGAACAAGGAGAAGAACCUAGGAAAAGAAGUACUGUUACUGAUGCAAGCCUUGAAUACUCUUGCUACUCCAGAAGAAAAGCUAGCAGCACUCUGCAAGAAAUAUGCCGAUCUGUUGGAGGAGAGCCGGAAUGUUCAAAGACAGAUGAAGGUGCUUCAGAAGAAACAAGCACAGGUUGUAAAGGAGAAAGUCCACCUGCAGAGUGAGCACAGUAAGGCCAUUCUUGCCCGAAGCAAACUGGAAUCUCUCUGUCGUGAGCUUCAGCGCCACAAUAAGACAUUAAAGGAAGAGAACAUGCAACAAGCCCGGGAAGAGGAGGAAAGACGUAAAGAAGCAACUGCACACUUCCAAAUCACACUAAAUGAAAUUCAGGCUCAGUUGGAAAAGCAUGGCAUACACAAUGCAAAGCUCCGCCAAGAAAAUAUUGAAUUAGGGGAGAAGUUGAAGAAACUUGUAGAGCAAUAUGCACUGCGAGAAGAACACAUGGACAAAGUUUUCAAGCAUAAAGAAUUGCAGCAGCAACUGGUGGAUGCCAAGCUUCAGCAAACAACUCAGCUAAUAAAAGAAGCUGAAGAAAAGCAUCAGAGAGAGAGGGAGUUUCUUCUAAAAGAGGCUACAGAGUCCAGACACAAAUGUGAACAGAUGAAACAACAAGAAGCCCAGUUAAAACAGCAGCUCUCUCUAUAUAUGGAUAAAUUUGAGGAGUUCCAGACAACAAUGGCAAAAAGUAAUGAACUUUUUACAACAUUCAGGCAAGAGAUGGAAAAGAUGACCAAGAAGAUUAAAAAACUGGAAAAAGAAAUAAUAGUUUGGCGUACAAAAUGGGAAAACAACAACAAGGCUCUUCUGCAAAUGGCUGAAGAAAAAACAGUCAAGGACAAAGAAUAUAAAGGAUUCCAAAUAAAAUUGGAGCGUUUGGAAAAGCUGUGCAGAGCUCUUCAAACCGAGAGGAAUGAGCUGAAUGAGAAGGUGGAAGUCCUUAAGGAACAGCUUUCUGUAAAAGAAGGAGAUGUUGAUCUUGCUGUACACGUGUUGCAGUCAUGCACGCUCAACUCUCAUGGGAAGCUGGGGGUUUCUACCAACGGAGCGCAAGAAGGAAUCCAGCCAGAUGCUGAACCAAUGGUGGCAACUGAGGGCUCUCAAAAAACUGUCUGCCAUGAUUCCAUUCCUGCCACAGAUUUUGUUGACUAAAGUAUAAACACUGUACUGAGAGAUAUAUUUUGUGUAUAACUUUAACUGGUGGUGGUAAUUUAGUUUUGUGGUGAAAAUUUUCUUACUUUUUCUACCAUAUCUGUAUUUUCUUAGAACAGAACAGAAUUUGCCUGGUACAGGAAACUGCAUAGCAGCUGUUGAAUAGCUUAUCUAUAAAUUUUCCACAAACUGUGUUGCACAUCUGCCUCGUUUUUCUAAACAAAAACUGUCAAAGGAUGCAUGCAAAUUCCUUUCUUCUGACCCCAUCACAUACAUCACCAUGCAUAGAUUUGACAUCAUAUUAGAGGAACAGUUGUGACCAGUGUUAUCACAGACUUGAUUUGGAGGGGGAAACCCUUCACUUUUAUUAGAUUUAGAAACGAACUGUAAUUACCAAAUACUGCAGUAAACUCUUAAUUGGGCAUGUGAUGAUCAAUGGAAGCACUUGAUUGGCUUCUUAGAUUCAUAUUUACAUGAACAAAGCUGUACAAUCUUACAGGGUUUAGUGUAGCUGCAGUUUUGCCUAUAGUUUUGAAAUUUUGCAACUGGAAAAACAGGGUGCGCAACUCUCAUAUUUCUCAGGAUUGUCCUGCACAGUCAAUUCAUAGAUGCAGUAACUGUUAUCCUACCUGUUAAAAUGAAGGAACAAGGGGCCAAAGCCAGGCAAAUGUCCAGACAACCACUAGUUAAAGUCCAGAAGCAUUUAAAGUGCUGCUGCCUCCUCCAGGGAAUAUUUAUUUUUAUGAACAAAGCUGAAAUGUAAAUCCUGCUGUCUGCAAAUGUCUGUGUACAGUUGCAGCUUAUUUGUAAUGGGACUUUGGUUAGGGGUUGCUAAACAGAAGUAUACUAUUUUUCUGCCAUUAUUCACUAGGUUUGGUGCCUAGAGAAGUGUGUAUAAAUCACUGAACAUGGGCAUAUGAUGAACAGUAACACUGUGUUGGUCCAUUUUAGACAGUAUAGUGACUCAUAAUACAUAUAAUUGGCAGGAAACAUGUUUUCAUGAAGAUGGAUCUACCCUUAUUAAAUAUGGAGGUGAGAGUAUAGAUGAGUACUCUUAAAUCAGAUGUCAAUGGAGGAAAAUACUUUGAUGUUAUUGCUCAAUUACAGUAAUACAUGAAAUGUCUUAUUAGGUGAAACACCUGUAAGUUCAAAGUGCCUUCUGGUAUCUAUAGAUUACCUGGUACACAUGGCACUUCGGGGGGGGGGGGAAUUAAUGUACAAGCAAGGCUCUGUUUUAUUUCUGUUGUGUUGUGCUUAGAAUUGUUAUUGUAGGUUGACUUGGAAAGGACCAGAACCCCACUGCCCCCUCCCCACAAAAAAUGAUUUUUUAAAAAGAGACAAGGACCAAGAAUAUUUCCCUAGUUAAUAUAAGCAGAAUGCUACUAGGACACCAGCAGCUGUUAGCUCUGCCUUCCAGUAUUACCUUCCUAUUCGUUGAUGCAUUGAGGAAAUGCUAAUAAUUCCAGCUUCUGAUACCUAAUUAAUCUUUGUUUUUAAGGGAUUCUUGAUUCAAGCACAUAAUUGUCAAUAGACUGUCUCCUUGCCCACCUGUCCUUUUUUUUACAAAUAAGACAGUUUGCUUGAACAUUCAGGCUAUACUGAUGCACUCCUUUUACUUGCUAUAAUGUACAUAGUGAAAGAUGUCAUGAAAAGAAAUAAAGGAUUGGAAGGAAGCCUUUCAGAUGUUGGCUCAUAUGACAACACAAAAUCAGAUUGACAUAUAAUAACCUAAUUGGGAACUCCCAAUUGCAUUUGCACUCUGUAUUUCAAACACAAUAAUGUAAGCAUGACUAGUGUUUGGUAAAACAGAUUUAUCUUUUCAAUUGUAACCAUUUGGUAAUAACAUUUGGUACUGGAGCAAAAGAGGUUCAUUAUACAAAUCUGGCCAAUAUUUUCAAAUAGUUGGGUAAAAGAGAGAAACAUUGCUUGAGAAGUACGAGCAGUGGACCCUGAAAGCAUUUUACACAGAACAAGUUUGAAAGUAACUGCAAAGCUUGUGGAAUUUUUACCUAAAUUCUAACUGCUGACAUAUCUGGUGUGAUGCUUCCUCUUAUCUGUUGGCCAGAGUUGAUUUUGACUUGUUGAAAUGAAAAAUAACUUUCAGUCAACAGCAGAUACAUUGUAAGCAUUUUGGUUAUUGAUACUGAAAAAUAAAUGCAUUUAAAUGGUGACCACAGGCAACCCUUUCAGGUCUAGAUGAACUACAGCUUGUUUCCUGAAAAGUCAAGGCAUUCCUAUAUUGGCCAACAAGAGGACCAGUGUAGGAAAACCUCAGCACUUGCUUGGUCGGCUGUUGUUUUCUAACUGAAUUAUUUGGUAAACAUUGCAUAUACAGCUCAGGCUUAUCAAGACAGUCUUUACUGUGUGUGAACCAGUAAUGUACAUUUUUAAGGGGGGGGGUUGCUUAUGCCAUCUGUUUCUUCAUACAUUUUGCAAUUAAUUUGCAUCAGAGGUGUUCAGUAAAGGAGUGCAUUUAUUGAAUAAUUGGAGCUUCAAAAAUUCAGUUAAAAGCCAGGUCCUAGAACCUUAGAAGGUAAUCUUCCCUUUCAACCCACACAAAACCAACCCCUUUCAUUUGGAACAGAAAAAGUAUCUGCAUACAUGUUAGGGCUCUAUCUUUCCAAUCCAUUGUCCACUUUCUUAUGCCUGGUUAAUUUGCAGUUCAAUUCUCAGGUGUUGCAGAAAAUCUACCUCUUCAGACUGUAGAUGGAAAUAACUGUGAAAAGUGAUGCAGAAAUUUAGUUUGUGCUGAACACACUGCUUUAUUUUUACAACCAUACUUGCUUUCAUGAUUAAAAAUGCUGAAUAAAUAGGCAGUCUUUGUUUUUGCUUUUCAGGAACAUUUUGUAGAGAUUUUUCACUAAUGUGAAUCUGACGUUUUAUCUACUCAGUUCUGUAUAGAUUAAGUAAAUAUGUGUGCUUAA